ACUUAGUUUAACUCACUAAUACUAUAAAAUAUGAACUAAUUAAACGAAGUAAUUAAGUAGCAAAUGGAUACAAGCGUUAACAAAAACUCCUUCAGUACCUAUAGCAAGGUAGAAGCACGACAACAAUCAGAGGCGUCGUUUCGCCAGAACUCUCGCAAACGACUCAUAAUCAUCUCACUCUCUAUUGUCGUUUUGAUCGCAAUCAUCGUUGGUGCGUCAGUAGGAAUUCUAGCAAACGACAACAAAUCCAAAACUAACGAUCCCUCUUCUUCUCCAUCUUCCUCAGUUAGUUCCGACAUUAAAGCUAUCUGUAAUGUCACGAUAUAUCCUGAUUCGUGCUAUUCAAGCAUGUCGUCUUCUAUCAAAUCUGAAAAUCCGAAUCCGCGACCAAAAGAUUUGUUUUUGUUGUCGCUAAAUAUAACACUCAACGAGCUAAAAAAUCUCUCCUCUUUGCCGCGAAAGAUUACUCAAAAAUAUAAAAAUGAAAUCAAUGAUCCUCUGUUACAGUCUGCAUUGCACGACUGUGAGAUUCUCUUCAUGGACGCCGUUGAUCAGGUUAACGAAUCAAUAUCAACCGUCCAAGUGAGCCAGGGAGAUUUCAAGAUUGAUGAUAUCAGAACAUGGCUAAGCACAGCCAUAACAGAUCAGGAAACGUGCGUAGAUGGACUAAAAGAGACAGGGAAGCACCUGAGCAUAGCCGAUGAGGUUAGAUUUGCUAUGACCAACUCCACAGAGUUCACAAGUAACAGCUUGGCUAUUGCUUCUAUCGUUAUGAGAGUUCUUGAUGAUCAUCUCAACGGCUCAAUUCAUCGCAAGCUUUUGAAGGUAUCGGACGGUCAUGAUACGUGGAUCCACAGGAGAGUGGUACUAGAGGAGACACCUGAACCCAAUAUAACAGUAGCGUGGGAUGGUAGUGGGGAUUUUAAGAGUAUAAGAGAAGCUGUGGAGUCAAUUCCUAAAAGAAGUGAGUCAAGAUUUGUGUUAUAUGUAAAAGAAGGGUUAUAUUUGGAGAAUGUGACGAUUGAAAAAGAUCAUUGGAAUGUCGUGAUUUAUGGCGACGGAAUGAAUAAGACCGUUGUCUCCGCCAGCAAUAAUGUGGUCGAUGGAGCCACCACCUUCUUCUCCGGCACAUUUAUUGCUGCUGGGAGAGGAUUCAUAGCUAAAGAUAUUGGAUUUAAGAACACAGCAGGCCCACAAAAACAUCAAGCGGUAGCCCUGCGUUCAUCAUCAGACAAGUCCAUCUUCUACCGUUGCUCAUUUGAUGCAUUUCAAGACACUCUCUACGUCCAUUCUGGUCGCCAAUUCUAUAGAGACUGUCAAAUUUCAGGCACUAUAGAUUUCAUAUUCGGAAACGCCGCCGUAGUAUUCCAAAAUUGUACCAUUCAGCCAAGACAGCCUUUCCCGGCCCAAUUUAACACCAUCACGGCCCAAAGUAAGAGUGACCCGAAUCAAAACACGGGUAUGUCAAUCCAACGGUGUCAGUUGAAUCCACUUGGAAAUCUUACGGCCGUAACCUAUUUUGGUAGGCCUUGGAAGGAUUAUGCUACUACUGUGAUUAUGCAGUCGGACAUUGGGGAGUUCUUGGACCCGCUGGGAUGGGCUUCUUGGGAGGCUAAUGAAAGUAGUGUUUAUUAUGCAGAGUUUCAGAAUUUUGGGCCUGGGUCCAUGACAGAGAAAAGAGUGGAAUGGGCCGGUGUUAGGCCCAAUAUUACAGUUGAAGAAGCUGAGAAAUUUGCUGUGGAGAAUUUCAUUCAAGGAAGCCAAUGGCUGCCCCAAGCUGAAGUUGUAUAUGAUGGGACGUUAUGA